UGUGUUACCCCCACCGCCCACACAUGUCACCGGCUGGUGAGGAGGGGGUGAUGAAGAGCCCAGUGUGUGAGUAGCCGGUGACUGUGUGUGUGUGCCGGGGACACUGAGCUGGCAAUGGCGGGGCGCGCUUCCCGGGCAGGUGAGAGUCCCGAAGUCACACCCUUGUGUGUGCGGGCAGCAGGCAUAGAGGUAAGCUGACAUUUCCUAUAUGACGUAUACCAACACUCCCAAACUUGUGAUGGAUUCAGAAGCCCAUGAGAAAAGGAAAAGUGACUUGGUUCUCUCCGCACCAAAACAAGACCUUAAGCAUCGUAAAGUCAGCAUUGGGGCUGGCAAGCAUUAUCUCUGUGGCUAUUGUGCUGCAUUCACAAACAUUGCAAUCACCUUCCCUAUUCAGAAGGUGCUGUUUCGGCAACAGCUUUAUGGCCUGAGAACCAGAGAUGCUAUUAGACAGUUGGAGAAAGAUGGGAUCCGGAACCUUUACAGAGGAAUAUUGCCUCCUCUCAUGCAGAAAACUACUACUCUUGCUCUGAUGUUUGGCCUUUAUGAGGACUUCUCAAGUCUCUUGCUAAGGCAUACAGAUUCUCCUGAGAUUGUUACACGCAGUGUAGCAGCAAUCCUAGCUGGAACCACUGAAGCUCUACUUACACCUUUUGAGAGGGUUCAGACUUUGCUUCAGGACUACAAACAUCAUGACCGAUUUACAAAUACUUUUCAGGCUUUCAAAGUUCUGCGGCCCUAUGGAAUUAGGGAAUACUACCGUGGCUUAGUCCCUAUCUUGGUCCGGAAUGGACCAAGCAAUGCACUUUUCUUUGGACUCCGCAACCCAAUCAAACAAUGUUUGCCAGAAGCUAAAACUUACAGUGCUCACUUAAUAAUUGACUUUAUUUGUGGGGGAUUGCUUGGAGCCAUGUUAGGUUUUAUGUUUUUCCCAAUUAAUGUGGUGAAAGCCCGCAUGCAGUCCCAAAUUGGAGGUGACUUUACGUCCUUUGGUAAAGUGCUCACAACCAUCUGGACAGAACGUGAUGGAAAACUGACACACCUUUUCCGUGGUGCCCAUCUAAACUAUCACCGGUCCAUUUUAUCCUGGGGUAUAAUCAAUGCAACUUAUGAGCUGCUAUUAAAAUUGUUCUGAGAUGGACCGAUGCUGCCACGUCACUUGUUUUUCUUUACACUAGGGAUCAAAUAAUCACAAAACCAAAUACAAUACAAAGACUGUUCACCACGAAAUAUAACAAUGUAAUAUGAUCUGUGAGAGCAGACAGGUGGUUGCAGAUAUUCUAGUGGGCUUGGUUUUUGGUGAACAAAAGUGCCUGUCUGUCCUUUAUUUGUAAGUGACUUACUCUUUUGCAGACAUGUUGUCAUGUAGUACUACUGCUUAAUGUUGGAAUUACAACUUUUAAAAUCUUAAAUAUCUGGAAAAUUAACCUGAAAUGAGUACAUUAGUCUUAGGAUGCUAUAGUUCACGUGAAAUGCAUUUUGUGUGUGUCAAAGUACUUCUUACCGUAUUAUUAUAUAAACUGGGUGCCAUUUUUUACAACCUAAUUUGUAUAACAGGAACACUGUAAGAAGUUUCUCCACUUUUAAUUUAUUUUGUUGGCCUUUUAUUAUGUGGUGGAAUACAAUCUUUAUUUUGUGCGAGUUUUAUUUCUGUCAGCCUUCACUUUUUAUGUGCUUUUGCCAGAGGACAUAAUACUCAAAUCACGUGGCUCCAGUUGUGAACUAAUUAUUAAAACCUGUGCUACUCCUAAGGGAGGAUUGAGUCUAAACAGCACCCACCUCAUAUACAGCUUCUCAUUUGUCAGGUAAAUAUUAGGUAGGAAUUGGGUUCAAGCUUUCAUGACAGAACUUAUGUUUUCAACCACGUUUGAUCAUAAAAAUAAUUGUGUUGCAGCAUAUAUACGAAAUUAAGUUUGUAUAUUGUAGAGCUAAAACAACUAACCUAAGCUAUGGAAUAAAAUGUAAAUCUACAUUU